AUGAUUGUGGUGUCAGCAGAUGACUUUGGAUCAUUGGAGAUACUAUGCUUUGGUCUGAACAUUAUACCAUUCCAUCGUGCACCAUCAUGUUCUGAUCAGAACAACAGGAACAAUGCCAAUUCAUACUGGUCUAUAACAUGCAAGGAUGGAUCAGCCAUUGCAAUGGAGCUUGGUUGUAACAAUCAAUUUGCAAGUGGCAAUGAGGAAUCUGAUUGGACAAAGCAUUUCCCCAAUCUAAAGUCAUUGUCCAUAACAUUCAAGAACAACAAGUUCAUCCUUCCAACAUCUUUGUCAACUCAUCCAACUUUGUCCAAUAUUGACUUGUCAACAGAUGGAAUCAUAUCUAUUGUUGGAGGUGAUUGGAGGAAUAUGAAGAAUCUUCAGGCAGUGUCAUUGGAGAAUGCACAAUUGAUACCAAUACUUCCAAACUCAACAGAGACAGUAUACAUUGAGAUCAAGGAUGGCACUCCAAGCAGUCUAUCACUAGACACAACAGUGUUUAGUAGCAAUCUUCAAUCAUAUUAUUUGGAUACCAAUGGCAAGGCAAUCACUGCACCAAGUUUGUUGCCCAUCACCUUCCUUCAGGGCGCCACUAAACUUCAACAGUUUACACUCUACGCUGAUGGCACACCAAUGGAUCUCAGAGCAUUCUUCAAUCCAACUCCAACAUUGACUGAACUUACUCUUGGUGGACUGGCACUUGUGAACAAUACUUGCCCAACUCUUCAAGAGCUUGGAUGGUCAAACAUCAUAACUCUAGAGUUGGAUGAAGUUGGACUCACAGGAUACUUUGGAGACAUGUUUAACCUCCCUGCCAUUCGCUCAUUGUCGCUGCCCAACAACCCAAAGGCUUGGACAACUUUGACUGAUGGUAUUGGACAAUCAAAUAUUCAGACUUUGAACGUCCAGAAUACAAAUACAAGUGGUACUGUUCCAUUCAAUAUAUUGAGCAAGUCAAUCACUCAGUUGGAUAUCAGAACAACUUCAUUGAGUGGAUACCUUCCCCCAUCAUUCCUCUGUCUCCCACCCGAAGCAACCGAUCCAAACUCCAAGUCCAACAGGAAAUACCUCUUUGACAAAGUCUUCCUCAACUACAACGCAACCUACAUUGGCAAGUGUGCCCCCGUCAUCACAUCAAUUGUACCAUAUCCAGUUCAGGUCAACUCGACAAUCACUAUAUUUGGCGAGAGUCUGGCUAUUGUGCCAGGAUAUUAUGAGCUCAAGAUGAACAACUCGCAGGGAGAUGUUGCCUCACUCAACUGUGUGGCCUCGGGAACAACAUCUAUCGCUUGUACCAAUGGCCAGAUCCAAGGCGCCGGCAUGAUAUCCCUGGCAAUCAAGGUCGACCCCAUCGCCUACGCCUACGCCAACUACACCUACCAGUCCCCUCUCAUCACCUCGGCUACCCCAUGCCCUACCCUGGGUGGCUACAUCACCCUAUCGGGUUACGAUCUAAUGGACCCAGUCGGACUGAACUCUGACGACACUGGCAUCACUGUUGCUGGCAAGCGAUGCAUCCACGUCCGUGUCCUCGAUCCAUUCCGCAAGAUCACUUGCUACUUCCCCGCUGGCAUCAUCUCGGACGUCCCCUUCAACUUCCGUGUCAAGGGACUCGGUAACACAGAUCAGAGUGUCAACUUCUUUUAUAAUCGCCCACUUGUGUCGGCAUCCCGCGCUGUGUUGCCCAACACCGACACUGUGUUCACCAUCUACGGCUCUGACUUUUGGAAGGAUCCAUCGGUGGUCAGCGUGCAGAUUGGCGCGUCACCAAACCCCAUACCAUGUCCAGUGCAGUCGGCCAAUCACUCGAUCAUCGUCUGUGCAUUCCCGGCCACUCCAUUCCAAUCCGGAACACUGAAUAUCCAAGUGACUGUCAAUGGACAAGUGUCUCCACCCAAUAAGCUAUUCCAGUUUGUUGAUGAGAACAUCUGUCCAAAUGCAUGCAGCAACAAUGGCUACUGUGACGUCGGUGUCGGAUACUGUACAUGCAGCAGCAACACCUUUGGUGCCGACUGUUCCAAGGAACCCAUCGCGUCAGACUCCGCAUUCGAGACUGGCACUCCAAUGUUGACUUUGUCAUCAUCGAAUAAUAGGACAAGAUUACAGGCAUACUUGUUGUCUGUUAUUGAGAAUGGAGCUGAGACUUUGGCACCAGCCAAUUGGGGCCUGGUCCAGGACAGCAACAUUGCCACAUACAAUUGGUCGUCCAAGAUGAAUGUUGUCAUUCGCCGUAACAACGCCACGGGCUUCGACCUGCUCGGCGGCUCCAACAACUCAUUCCCCGCCCACAGCUACACAUACCAAGUACAGUACCAGAACACCAUCUACGUGUCGUCCUCGGUGCAGUUCCGACUCGCCGUCAAGGUCGUGCCCGAUGAGUGCAGCACCAAUGUCAACUCCAAGCUGGCCUUCCCCAUGCCAUCCAACAGCACUCAAGACAAGUAUGUUCACUGGUCCCAGCUGACCCAGUUCGACACAGAGUGGAUGGCGCGCUACCCACAGGCAGGCGCAAUCAACGGUCAGUACGGCCAGGUGUUCUCGUCGGUCGCCGAUGCCAGCCACGGAAGCUACCUCGAGCUGCUUGUCGAUGUCAUUCCAAGCACGCCCAAGCAAGAUGGAAUACGCACGGCUGUAGUAUCAUUCGACUUUGCCGCCUACACUGCCAAGAAUAACAGAGACCCAGUAACCUCUUGCACAUCUGGUGGCGGAUCAUCAAGCAAUGGAUGGAAGAUUGCCGUCGGUCUUGUCGUUGGCAUUGUUGGCCUAGUCGUCAUUGGAGGUCUAGCAUACCUGAGCUUCCGUCAACAUCGCAAACUCGAGGCCACCAAGAGUUUGCUCGAUAAGAAGCUCGCCGAGAUCAACUCCAACUUGUAA